AUGUCAUCAGCUGCAUCAAAACGCUUGAUUAAAGAGUUAUCGGCUUUCAGCCAUGAUCCUAAUCCAGCUCUUGAUGCUUUACAGCUACAGUCUGAGGAUGAUUUGUUCACAUGGCUUGCUGUGCUGCGAGGGCCAGCUGACAGCCCUUAUGAAGGUCAGUAUGAAAAUGAUCUCAAUGCUUUGCAUUGUGUAUUCGCUUUCUAUUUAUUAACUCAACGUAGGUGGACACUGGCUUAUACGGAUAAAGGUUCCACAAAGUUAUCCUCUUCAACCGCCGACGAUGCAAUUUCUUACUAG